GGCUCCCGACGCUGUAGUCCAGGGGGAUGGGGCCACCCUCUCACAUGCUCCAGCAGAGGCCAGUCUCCAGGAGGUAAACCGAGCCCAGCUCAGGAAUCCUUCAAAGACACCAGGGUUGGGGCUGCUUCUGUCCAGUUGAGCAGUUCUUUCUUCUAGAUACCCUGAAAACCAGGGAGGGAGGUGGGCCUGGUGGCGUCCCUCCUCUUACAGUCCAAGAAUGCUGGACUCCUCAGUGGCAGAUGCAAUGACCCGACUGACCCUAAAACUCUUAGAGAAGAAACUGGAGCAAGAGCGUGAGAAUGUGGAAGGGGAUUCUGAGGACCCUCACUUCGUGCCAGGAAAUGAGGACAGGCCGGAUGCAGCUGUACUGAGUGCUCUGAGGAGGAGGAAAGACCUUCUGCAGAGACUCUGGGAACAGCACCUCCUGGAGGAGGUGUCCCAGCCCCGAGCCCCGAGCGGGGUGAACAGAGGAGGAGCCUGGGGAUCAGCACUGCCCCCAGAGGUGGCCCCGGUGGGCAUCCGCCCUGCUGUCUCCCCACCCCCGCCAGCCCUGGAGCCACCACACAUUAUCCAACACUCAGUCCCCCAGCCUCCUGCCACCAUUAUUCAACAACUACCUCAGCAGCCACUCAUCGCACAGAUUCCCCCUCUCCAGGCCUUCCCCACUCAAAGGUCAGGAAGUAUUAAGGAAGACAUGGUGGAGAUGAUGCUGAUGCAGAAUGCACAGAUGCACCAGAUCAUUAUGCAAAACCUGAUGCUCAAAGCCCUGCCCUCUGGGGGAUCACAGGCCGCCCCUCUGCAUUCCACCCCACAGAGGCAGAAGCCGCCCUCCGUGCAUCACCACCACCACUAUGCACCCCCAGCCCAGCUGCAGGCCUCCCCGGCGGGUUACUCCAUGUGGCCCCCAGUGGUCUCAGCCACCAUCCCCCCACCUGCUUCCGGCUUCCUGCACCACAUGGCCGGCCCCUCCUUGGCAGCCCUUAGUGGGUAAGUCAAGGCCAGCUUCUUGGGUCUGUGGAGCGGGAGUACCCUAGGGCCUGGGUGGUACCUCCCCACCCCUGCUGACAAGCCAGGGGACCCCUGUCUUUGUCAGGUCCGUAGGCUGUAGCAGGGAAUUUGGAAAGGCCCUGCUGUCUUCCAGAGGGAGGCAGGUGGGUCUUUGGCAGGAUCAGCCCGUGGUGGUCGAGGGUUGAAAAUGGACCCCAUGCCCACCUCCAGGGAAGCUGCUUGUGGCCUGGGUCAUUUGUUCAGCCCAGCAGGAGUGGUGCUGGGAGUAUGAGCAGGGCUGUGGGGACCCCCACCUGAGCUCUGGCAGCACGACUCACCUGUAGCAUGGUGUCUGUAAGCCAGGCCAGGGCAGUAACUGCACCCCGAUAUCUUGGCUUUCCUAGGGUGGCAUCUGAUGGCAUCCUGCCCACACAGGCUCCGGGCCUGUGAAACUCCACGUGUGGGCUCAGUAAGCAGCAGGGUCCCAGUUCCCCAGCAGGUGUGGUCGGGGAGGCCCGGCAGAGGCCUGAAGCCUCGGCCCUGGAUGCUGGACUGCCAGGCACGAGGAAAUACAGGGAUUUCACCAGGAGGGAUGGCCCAGUUAGCCGUAUAAACUGUUAAACCUUCCUGUGGAAGAAAUACCAGAAACAAGUCAAAUAUGAUGACGACUGGGAGGUCUGCCUGCCACGAGCGGCCGAGGUGAGGGCUCCUGCCAGUCUCAAGAAGUGAAGCAGACAGCAGUCGGGGAUCUCUCGUGGGAGAGUAUCUUUCCAUGCGGGUCUGCGUGGCUCCUUCUACAAGUCAAACACCAAGUUGAAUGUGGUUCCUUUCGAAGAUGGCUGAGGAAAGGGAGCUUUCUCUGCAUUUGUUCCUUUUGGUUCUGUCAGGGCUUCCGGUGUGAACGUCACCUUUAGUCUUUCUUCAUUUUCUGUGACUUUUUUUUCUUGGUGGAAUGAUGUUCCCUUGACAUGUUAAUAUAAUUUUCACAUGAAUGUCACAUUUAAACGUUACAGCUGUUUUCAUCUACCCCUUUUGGGAAAACCUAUUUUCCCCAAGUUCUGCACCAGCGAGAGCCCUGCCUCCUUGGACCCUGCAGGCUCCUGGGAUGUUGGCCCAGGGAAGGGGAUGACCACGUGGCGGCCAGGAUGCCUCCAGGGCGGGAGGGCGGCAGGGGCCCCCACCACGUGCCUGGCACACGCAUCUCUUGUGAAAGGCAAUUAAAGG